CUCAAUCAUGGUAGUCUGAUCCUUGUGUUUCUAAAUCGUGUAGUCACUCUGGGAAACGAGCAUAGCACUAAACGAAGAGGAGAUUGUAGGUUCUGGUUUGUCGGAAUAUAACAAAAAACUAUCACAAUGUCUAUUAUGUCCUAUAAUGGAGGGGCUGUCAUGGCCAUGCGGGGGAAAAACUGUGUGGCGAUAGCUGCUGACCGGAGAUUUGGCAUUCAGGCUCAGAUGGUCACCACAGACUUCCAGAAGAUCUUCCCCAUGGGAGACAGGCUGUUUAUCGGCCUCGCCGGACUUGCCACUGAUGUUCAGACAGUAUCCCAGAGGCUUAAAUUCAGACUAAACCUGUAUGAGCUGAAAGAGGGUCGUCAGAUUAAGCCCAAGACCUUCAUGAGCAUGGUGUCCAACCUGCUGUAUGAGAAGAGGUUUGGGCCAUACUACAUUGAGCCUGUGAUCGCAGGACUAGAUCCCAAAACCUUAGAGCCCUUCAUCUGCUCCUUGGAUCUGAUUGGCUGCCCCAUGGUCACAGAAGACUUUGUAGUGAGCGGCACCUGCUCAGAGCAGAUGUACGGCAUGUGCGAAUCUUUGUGGGAACCAGACAUGGAACCAGAGGACCUGUUUGAGACCAUCUCCCAGGCGAUGCUGAAUGCAGUUGAUAGAGAUGCCGUGUCUGGCAUGGGAGUGGUGGUGCAUGUCAUUGAGAAAGACAAGAUCACCACACGAACCCUGAAGGCCAGGAUGGACUAGAGCGUCUGCUUCUCUCUGCACUUCACCAUUACAAAUGUUUUGUAUAAAAUAAUAAACAAUGCUUGUACCGUCUUCUUUUUCUUAUUCAAUAAAUGAACCCAGGUUAUGACCUUGA